ACAGCAUCUGGCUACGCCAAGCGACACAAACAGCAAGCAGAAAAGCCAGCGUCGAGCCACAACAACAACAAACACAAAUGGGAACCAAUUCGGGAGCCACCGCUGGCAUCAAUAACAAGCCGGUCGGUGGUGCAGCCGUACUGGGCGUUGGUGUUGCCAAUUCAGCUAUCGGCGGCGGUGUGCUAUCCAACAGUUUGGGCAGCGGCGGCGGCGUCGGCGGUGGGCUCAGUAUCAGCGGCCUGGGCGGACAGAAUGCCAAUGUAGGUGGCAUAGUCACCGGAAUGGGCGGUGCUGGUGGCGGUGGCAAUAAUGGCAGCGACGAUGGCAUGGGCGGGCCCGGCGGUGGACCCAAUAAUCAGCAGGCCACCACGCCCCAAUACACAAUUCCGGGCAUAUUGCAUUUCAUACAGCACGAAUGGUCGCGCUUCGAACUGGAGCGCUCACAAUGGGAUGUCGACAGGGCCGAGCUGCAGGCGCGUAUCGCGAUGCUGCUUGGCGAACGUAAAUGCUUGGAAAGCCUCAAAUCUGAUCUGACGCGACGCAUCAAGAUGCUGGAAUAUGCGCUGCGUCAGGAGCGAGCGAAAUUUUAUCGAUUAAAAUACGGAACCGAUCCGCCGCAAUUGAACGAGUUCAAGCCCUCGUCAAAUGAUGAUGGUGGCCUCGGUGGCGAUGUGGCGACCGAUUCGGAAGUGCCCUACAGUUCCGUGUCGAACACCACGUGGCGACAGGGCAGGCAAAUGCUGCGCCAAUAUCUGGCCGAAAUUGGCUACACAGACAACAUAAUCGAUGUGCGCUCGAAUCGUGUGCGCUCCAUACUUGGCCUCAACAAUAAUGCGGAUCAUGAUGGCGGCGGCGGCGGUGGCAUCGGUGGCGUUGGCAGCGGCGGCAUUGGCAGCGGCGGCGAGAACCUCAGUCCCAAUAUCAAUGGAAAUGAGAGCAAUAAACGUGCCUCAGAAUCGGAAGGCCGUCAUACUCCCGCUAAAAAAGUGCAACAAUCUAACGAUGCCAUCAUACUGGACACGGAGGCGGCGGUCAUGGCCAACUUUGAGUUCCUGGGACCGACAGAGAUGUCCGACGAUGAUGAGAUAUCCGAUGAUCUGGAAAUGGUCGCUACCGACAAUGAAGAUACCGAUGUCAAAAUGGCCAAACGGCCCAAAUCCGGCAAGGAUAUGCUAACCGAAGAGGUGGACGGUUCACUGGGACUGGGUGAGCUGGCGCAGCUGACGGUCAACAAUGAGUCGGAUGGGGCAUACGAUGCGAAUGCCAAGGACGGCACCGGCGGCAGCGCUGGCGGAGCUGGCUAUCGCAAGACCUGGAAUGCCAAGUACACGCUGCGCUCCCAUUUCGAUGGUGUGCGCUCGCUUAUUUUCCAUCCGGAGGAGCCGGUGUUAAUUACCGCCUCCGAGGAUAAUACGCUCAAGCUGUGGAAUCUACAGAAAACGGUGCAAGCCAAAAAGUCCGCUAGUCUUGAUGUGGAACCGCUGUACACGUUCCGCGCCCAUACCGGACCCGUGCUGUGCCUGGGCAUGUCCUCCAGCGGCGAGACAUGCUAUUCCGGUGGCCUCGAUGGCAACAUCGAAUGCUGGCAGCUGCCAUCACCCAAUAUUGAUCCAUAUGAUUGUUACGAUCCGAAUGUGCAUUCCGGCACACUGGAGGGGCACACGGACGCCGUUUGGGGUCUGACCACCAUGCAGAACAAUAUUGUAUCAUGCUCGGCGGAUGGCACCGUUAAGCUGUGGUCACCGUACACCAAGGAGCCGCUGCUGCGCACCUAUACGGCCGCGGAGGCCGAGGGCGGGCCCUCAUCCGUGGACUUUGUGCGCAACGAGGUGGAUCACAUUGUGGUGGCCUAUAAUAGUGCACACUGCAUCAUCUAUGAUACGGAGACGGGCAAGCAGGUGAUCAAACUGGAGGCAUCACAAGAGAUGUCCGGCAAUACGGGGAAGUUCAUUAAUAAGGUCGUCUCACAUCCGACACUGCCCAUAACCAUAACGGCGCACGAGGAUCGCCAUAUACGCUUCUGGGACAACACAUCCGGAACUCUGGUGCAUUCGAUGGUCGCGCAUUUGGAGCCAGUCACAUCGUUAGCGGUCGAUGCGCAUGGACUGUAUUUGCUGUCCGGCUCGCACGACUGCUCCAUACGCCUAUGGAAUCUGGACAAUAAGACGUGCGUGCAGGAGAUAACUGCACACCGCAAGAAGUUCGAUGAGAGCAUAUUCGAUGUGGCGUUCCAUGCAACCAAGCCCUAUAUAGCCAGUGCCGGUGCCGAUGGAUUGGCCAAGGUCUUUGUUUAAGAUUAGGACUAACCCGAUCCCACAAUCCCCCAAUCCUCCCCUUCUCCAUACACACUCACACACACACACACACAUACACACAGCCAAUGCUGCAGCAGCUCUCAGCUAAGCGAUUACGAGUUCGAGUUAAAUAAUUAUACAUAUAAAUACACUUAUAUAUAUACAUUAUACUAUAAUACAUUUAAAUCUAAUUAUACAAUUAUAAACAAGAGAUGAACAACAACCGCAAAUUAUGCAACACAACACAUUGCUAUAUACAUACAUAAAACAAAACAAAACAACAA